GACUCGGAAGACCAACUCGCGUUCGUGGAGGACAUCCAGCUCCUCCUGUUCGACGAGGACCUCCAUUUUUUCGACGACUUCGUCCGAGAGGAGGCCCAGCUGAGGCCCGACGUGGCAAUCGCUGGCCUUCGGCACCUCACGACGAGGCACUGCCCAGCCGGCACGCGUGGUCUGCUCAUGGACGAGCUCACGCAACUGAAGAAGAAGCGCGGAGACACCGUGCGGCAGUACAGCAGCAGCUUUCGCAUGCUACUGCGCAUGAUCCCGUUUCUUGAGCACCGCGAAAACGAGGCCGUUGCCGAAGCGGACGCCGUGCGCAUGUACCAACUUGGCAUGCCUGUUGAUUGGCAAGUUGAAGUCAACCGCAUCUCUCGUAUCUGGGACUUGGCGUCCAUCGAGACUCAGUUCGAACUUAUCGAGAGAAACGAGCGCGAUGAAGCCAUCCUGCGCAACAACCGGCCCAAACGCAACGGGCCAAAGCAGCAACAGCAGCAGCAAGGUCAGCACCGGAGCAGCGGCGCUCGUCAGCAGCAUGCCGACAACCGCAACCCACGGAGCAACAACCGCGGGGCAGGAAGCCGCUACUGCAACUACUGCAAGAAGGACAAUCACGAUGAUGACCACUGCAUUAGGAACCCGGCAUCGCCUGCGUAUCGCCCGCGUAGUGGCAACUACAACUCUCACUCGGGGCGACGCACUGGUGGCACGAAUGCCAUGGCCGCAAUGCAGGAGCAGAUGGCCGAGAUGGCGGCGAUGGUGAGCUCGAUGAAG